AUGGAAGGCUGGCUGGCUGUCUACAGUGUGAUGCCUCUACCAGUAGUAGCCCUCAUUGAGCUGACGGCCAAUUCACCGCCUUGACGUUCAAGUUCGCGGGCGCGUCACGUCCGCACUUGAACUUGAAUGUGUGUGUGUGUGUGUGUGUGUGUGUGCCGCUGUAAUGUGUGUGUGUGUGUGUGUGUGUAUGUAUGUGUGUGUGCAAUGUGUGUGUGGUAGCAGCUCCCUCUCCCUCUCUCUCUCUCUCUGACGGCGAUCCCACAAUCCAUCUCCAUCCGCCAUCUUUGCAUUAUUUCCAAUUUAUUUUCUGUCAGGGGCUCUGAUGAAGAUAUUUUUCUCUGGAGUCGCUGGCUCUCCGCUCCAGAUGUGACCGACCAUGUCUCGCCGCAAGCAAGGGAACCCUCAGCAUUUAAGUAAAAGGGAAUUUUCGCCAGAGGCUAACCAUGUGGAGAUGGCGAGUACGGACGAGGAGGACACGGCGGCCAUGGUGGGCCUGGGCAGCGGAGACCGUGACCUGCUGACCUGCGGCCAGUGCCAGGCCCACUUCCCACUGGCCGAUAUCCUGGUCUUCAUCGAGCACAAGAGGAGGCAGUGCAACGCCACGGCCGUCUGCUUCGACAAGGCACUGGAUAAACGUAGCCCAUCGCCCCCCCACACAGAGCCCCGGAGGGUGUCCGAACCCGUCGAGAUUGGCAUCCAGGUCACCCCUGAGGAAGAUGACCGUCUGCUAACGCCUACGAAAGGAAUUUGCCCCAAGCAGGAACACCUUGCGGGAGGUAAAGACGAGCCUUCAAGCUACAUUUGCACAACUUGCAAGCAGCCUUUCAUGAGCGCCUGGUUCCUGCUCCAACACGCACAGAACACGCACGGAUUCCGCAUUUACUUGGAGACCCACCCGUCCAACAGUCCCCUAACUCCACGGAUUGGCCUUCCUCCCUCCCUGGGCCCGGACCCCAUCUCGCAGUCGCCACUCACCACCUUCCUGGGCGAGAACAACCCUUUCAACCUGCUGCGGAUGACGGGGCCCAUCCUCCAGGAGCACCCGGGCUUCGGCGACGGACGCCUGCCCAACACUCCCCCCAUCUUCAGCCCGCCCCCUCGGCAUCACCUAGACCCCCAUCGCUUGGACCGCCUUAGUGCCGACGAAAUGGGCUUGGUAUCCCAGCAUCACAGUGCCUUCGACAGAGUAAUGCGUUUAAACCACCCGCUGGGCAUCGAGUCCCAGACCAUGGACUUCUCCAGGAGGCUCCGGGAACUGGCAGGGAACAACAGUUCCACGCCGCCCCUGUCGCCCAGCCGCCACAACCCUAUGCACCGCCUGCUCCAGCCCUUCCAGCCCAGCCCCAAGUCGCCCUUCCUGAGCACCCCCCCGCUGCCGCCCAUGCCACCCAGCAGCACCACCCCGCCGCAGUCUCAAGCCAAGACCAAGUCGUGCGAGUUCUGCGGCAAGACCUUCAAGUUCCAGAGCAACCUGAUCGUCCACAGGCGAAGCCACACGGGCGAGAAGCCCUACAAGUGCCAGCUGUGCGACCACGCCUGCUCGCAGGCCAGCAAGCUGAAGCGCCACAUGAAGACCCACGUGCACAAGAUGGCGGGCAGGUCGGACGACGGCUUGUCCGCCACCAGCUCGCCGGAGCCGGGCACCAGCGAGCACGCCGGCGGCGAGGGCUGCGGCCUUAAGGCAGGCGGCGGCGGCGGCUCGGGCUUCAUGAACGAGAACGAAGAGGAGGAGGAGGAGGAGGAGGAGGAGGAAGAGGAAGAGCUGGAGAACGAGAGCCGGCCCGAGUCGAGCUUCAGUAUGGACUCGGAGCUGAGCCGCAACCGGGAGAAUGGCUUCAAGCUGCCGGUGAACGACAAGCAGCAGCAGCACUGCGUGCUGGGCAAGGUGAUGGAGAACGUGGGCCUCCGCGCCAUCCAGCACUACGGCGACGUGCAGAAGCGCGCCAUCUUCUCCAAGCGCUCGUCCGACGGCCAGAGGGACACGGGCGACGAAGACUCGGUGGCCGGCGAGAUGGAGAGGCCCGGCGAGGAGGGCGCGGUCAACGGCCGAGGCUUCGGGCCGCCCCCCGAGGCCUUCCCCAUGCUGCUGCCCCGGAAGCCUCCGCUCAUCGCCAGCCCGUCGCCCUCCUCCAUCGCCUCGGCCAAGAGGAUCAAGAUGGAGAAAGACCUCGACCUGUCCUCCGCCACGCCCUUGAUCCCCUCAGAAAACGUUUACUCGCAGUGGCUGGUGGGCUACGCUGCCUCCCGGCACUUCAUGAAAGAUCCUUUCCUGGGUUUCGGCGACUCCAGGCAGUCGCCCUUCGGCACCUCGUCGGAGCAUUCGUCGGAGAACGGCAGCCUGAGGUUCUCCACUCCGCCCGGCGACAUGUUGGACGGCGGCCUGUCGGGGCGAAGCGGGACGGCGAGCAGCGGCAGCACCCCCCACAUGGGGUCGGGAUCGUGCCCGGGCCCCGGCCGGCCGAGCUCGAAGGAAGGCCGCCGGAGCGACACCUGCGAGUACUGCGGCAAAGUGUUCAAAAACUGCAGCAACUUGACAGUGCACCGCCGGAGCCACACGGGCGAGCGGCCUUACAAGUGCGAGCUCUGCAACUAUGCCUGCGCCCAGAGCAGCAAGCUGACCCGCCACAUGAAAACGCACGGCCAGAUCGGCAAGGAGGUUUACAGGUGCGACAUUUGUCAAAUGCCCUUCAGCGUUUACAGCACCCUCGAGAAACACAUGAAAAAGUGGCACGGAGAACACUUGCUGACGAGUGACGUUAAAAUCGAACAAGCAGAAAGAAGCUAAAGCUCCUUGAAAGUUUUUUUUUUAGAAAUUAUAUAAGGCAAAAAAACACACACACACACACACACAAAACACACAAAACACACACACACACACACACAACACACACAAAAACAAACCCCACAAAAAAAAAAAAAGGACUUGGUUAUAUAAUAAAACACACAAAACACACACACACACACACACACACACAUACACGCACAAAAAAAACCUUUUUUUUUUCAAUUGUAAAAGCUUAAUUAAUUGCCAACUGAGAAAAAAGUCAGCCCCGAGUGCCUCCUGUGGCACUUAAUUUUCAAGGUAUAAUUUGUGUCUGAGAAGCUCAAUCAAAUCAGAGGGUGAUGUAGAGGCAGUAAAAUAAUAUUGAGCCUUUUCUACUGUGCAAUAAUUUCUGUAUUUAUUUGUUUUAAAUAUUUUUUCAAGUAUCAUGUGCAGGUACUUUUUCUUUUAUUUUUUCGUUCUUUGUUUUGAUUUUUUGUUAGGGUAUCCCUUUUGAUUUUACCCUCUUUUUUAAGGAAAAAACGGAAACCUGAGAUUACUUGCAUUUUGAAGUGCAGAUCUGUAGAAAUAACCCUUCUCUGGGGCCGCUGCUUAUUUGGAAUUGAAUAGUUAACACAGUAAUUUCUUGGAUAGAAGCCGCGUUUGUUGAUUCUUUUAAUUUUUCUUUUGGUUUCAUCAAGGGAGGGGUUUGUUUGGGGUGAGACAGAUUGGAUUUGCACAAAAGAAAAAUCAUUUAUAAAAGAUAAAAAUGGUUUCUGUUUUAAAAGAAGGGAGAUGCCUCAGCGGAUCACAAUCCUAAUCGUAGCACUUAACUAGUCGUUUCAAAAAAACUGGGUUCGAAAUGUAGCACAGAUCUUGCCAUCCACUGGAGUCUGGAACUGCCGCUGCCAAUUUUCGCCAAUGAUCCUUGGCUAAAACUAAACCGAGUUGAAUGAGGAUGAAAGAAAAGGAGCAGGCAGAUGAGAGAGGCAACUUUCUCUCUCGUGCCCAAUGAUACCGGCCAGAAACUUAACCUAAGCAAUAACGGUCUUUCAGUUUGUGUUACUAACUAGUGAGUAAAAUGCAUAGCAAACGUAAAUCGAGCAAAGUCAGAAGUGCAUUAUUGCCAAUGCCUAUCAAAACAUCUGUGCUUGAUUGUAUGCGAUAAGCAUUAUUGCAGAAAUGCACAGGUAUUUUGCCAACAGGAGAUGGAUGGUCUUUGGCCAUUGUGUUUUAAAGAGCUAAAUUUGUACCUGAGAUAUUUCCUUUUUUUGAACCCGCACCUUAACAUAUUUGUUUUUUUAAUUAUAGAAACUGCGACUUCUGAACAAGAAAAACUAUGGGAAAUCUAUGGUCCAAAAAGGGUUAUGAUAUACAUUAGGGAACAACUGAGAUUAAAGUGUCAGUGUUGCUUAGAGUAGCAUUCACAAUACUGGCACUAUAUUAAAAAAAUGUUAAUGUCAGUUGACAGUUUUUAUACUGCCAUUCAAUUUGACAUGAGUGCCUUGAAUAUUUGAUCUUCCUAAUGAGUCUCUGAGACAAAUGCAAAACCACUUUUUGUGAAGUUUAAAACAAAAGUACUGAUUUGAAGAAGAGAGGAAAAAAAUCACACAACAAAGAGAAAGAUGUACGUCAUUAGAUUCUAGAGUUCAACAUGCACCAACAAUCCAGAAUUUAUAGACAAACAAAAUAUAAACAAUCAGCGGAUCUUCACGCCAGUCGCUACAAGUUGGUGAAGAUGUGGCAUCAUCCCUUGCCCCCAGUUAACCCAAUAACCCCCACCCCACCCAGCUAAUCAACUACGGAAAGUCUGAUGAGCUGUCUGAAGUCUGUCGUUCUAUGCUCAUCAAUUGAUACUGCAGGACGCUGCUUAAACUGUGGGGAGCCCACUGUAGCAAAGCUCAAUAGUAAAAUAAACGAUGCCUCCAGAAUCCCAACAAGAACAUAAAGACAGUUACUCAUCAGGAACAAUGGCUACUCCUUAUUUUUUUUUUGGUUCUGAACAGAAUUUAGUGCACUCAGUCUCGAAUAAGUUUACAGUAUUGAAUAUCUACAAGAGUGGAAAAAAAAACAAAAAAAAAAAAUAUUGUGUGUGCGUGCGUGCGUGUUUGUUGAAUGAUCAAGAGGUUUUUUUUCCGAAGUUUGCUUCGUAAAUACAUGGGUGCCAUUAUGGCCAUGUGUAUAUUGGUUAUCUGAAUCAACUGGUGACGGGGUUUAAUAUAUAUAUUACAGUUUCUUGAUCACUGUAAAAGUGUACCAGUAUUUGUAAUAAUGGAGAAUGCCUGGGCAUUUUACAAAAUGGAGAGGAAAAAAAACAAAAAAAAAAUAACUUUUUUUUUUUUUUCAAAAAUGGAAAUUGUUGCAGUAAAUUUGUGGGUCUAAAAUUGUUCUUGUCACUGUAAUUGUAAAGUCUAAUUGACUAUCAGUUUUAGUAGACUUUUUUGCCUUGAGUGUUUUAUCUUUUUUCAAAAAUUGUAUAGAACUUGUAUUGGGAAGGACGAUUACUGCUACCAUAUGUAGGCAAGAAAAAAAAUUAGUAGAAGAGUGCAUAUUCAUGUAAUUGCUUUGCUUAAAAUCACAUUCCUGACCUGUACUUUUUCCCUCUGUUUCUCUGGAAUGGUUACUUGGUAUUGGUUCAUAAUAGUGUAGGCACUUGCUGUAUUUAUACAGGAGCUUGUAUUUUUUAACUGUUUGCUUGUCCUUUUAAAGGUACAACAAAAACGAAAAGUACCUUUUUUUUGGUAGUGGAUUAGAAGAAAAAAAAACACACAAGCUGCCAUAAUAUAUUUUUUUAAUUUUGGCAGGAUAAAAAUAGUGCAAAAAUAAUUUGUAUGUUCUGAAAUCUUAUUGUACAGGAGAAAAAAAGGUCGUGUAACGACCUUUUGUUUAAAAAAAAUAACAAAAUGGAAUUAGGAAAUGCAUUGCUGGUCACUGAUAAUUUGAUUUUCAGUUGUACAGUUCCCCGUCCCCAUCACCGCCCGACUUUCCACAUUGGUGGAUAUGCAUGGUUUACAGUUUUUGCCAGUCUGUUUUGCGUUUUUUUUCCUUUGUGAUUUGCAGCCUUCGCUCUCCCUGUUCACACACACACUCUGAUUCGAUCUGUUGUGGUCAGAGUUAGAUCAAUGUAAAUCCAACCGAACAAAGACCAAAACUUGUUGCACCUGGCACUGCUUUAAGGAUCACUCAGUGUGUGGCAUGGAAGACGAUGGAUGAGUCAAUGUCGUGUACAUGCUGAGCAGGUGUAUGUCCACAGGGACAAAGUUUCCUUAUGUUGGAUGCAUUUUUGCCCUUUAUUUGUUUUGUAAAAUAUGUGGACAGUUCUUUCUUGAAGUAAAAUCAAUGAUUAGCUCAUUGAUUUGUGCAGUAUUAGAAACCACUAGAUGUCACUAAUGGUAGAAACCAUCAAAAGUGGAAGUGAAUAUAUACUGCAUUCACCAACAGCGGACCUACCUUCAAUAGUUCUGCAUUUUUCUUUUCUUUUUUUUUGUCCCUGAUGCAUCCAUGUUGUGUGCAUGGCACUGUUGAGUCCAACGUUUCCAUGGGGAUUUGGGUUUUGGGCCUCCUUGGUCUGCUGCUGUGUAAAACCAAUGAGGCAGGUGCAAGUAUGUGUCGAUCUAAGCUGCCAUUUGGUUUCCUGUGUUAACAUUCACUUCUAAUUUCACAUUCCACAGUUCCUCAACAUUUUGUAAUGAUAAUAGCAAAGAGGUGGGAUGAAACCAUUUGUAUUUUGACACUUUGAAAUUUGCACUAAAAACAGGGAGACAAACCAUUCUGAGCACGUAAUUGGCACAUUAGGUAAAUGUAAUACUUCAAGUUCUGAAACGUUAGUCCUCCACGAUUUGAAGGUGUGAGCAGCAUUUAUCAACCUCCUUGCAUUUUCGGUUACUUACAAGGCUAAGUGACGUUAAGUGGCCAGUUCUUAGUAGGUUUGUUACUUAGCCAAAUGAUUGCAUUUUCUGUAAAUAAAAAUGUACAAAGCCGUUGAGGUUUCCGUGCAUACCUGCUAUUCUGCAACUAUUGCCAAUUGGAGUCGAUUAUGUCAGCCGUUGAUGGUGUUGCAUGAUUUUAUUUUAUUUUACGAGGUGAAAGGACGCUCAUGUGCCCCAGUUUUAAAGCUACUGGAAACGGUCAUUAUUCUCAAGGAUGCCCUUACUUCCCCACUGCACGAUCCCAUCCAGUACAGGCAGCUCAAUGAGACGGAAUAAGGGUCAAUGCCAUUCCGAACCCGGGGGCUAGAAUCAGUUCUCCUAGUCUGCAAGCUACACCUCGAUUGCUUUGGAACAGCCCAGGUAAUGGUGCCAACUCUGUCACUUGGCCAAACUGUAAACAGUGUUUCAAUGUUACCAUCUGUGGAGCCUUCCCUCUCCAUCCACUAAAAGGCCUUCUGCCACCUUCUCUGGCACAUUGACCUAUGUUUUCCCAGGACAGUCCGGUGUUGGAGAACCUGAACUAUUUAGAGAGUCAUCGUGCCAUUUUCACAUAACUCACCUGCGGCAAAAAUACAAUCAUUGUUAGACCUUUCAAUGUCCCAUGCACUGUAGUAAAAGAGAGGACUGGAAGUGAUAAAAAUUGAUUCAUAUCUGUUAUCCCCUCCACUACGCCAAGGGGUUUAUUUUUCAAUAUAAAGUGGCAGUGUUUGCUUGUUGCAUCAUCAAGCAAAGUCCACUUAAAAGGAUUUGGGGAACGGGCGUGAGCUGAGCAUGUAGGAAAGACAAGUGCCUCUUGUGAUCUGCCACUGAAGGGAUGUUAGGAAAUUAAUGUGGCGUUGCGUCACAGACCCUUUCCAAGGCACUGCCUUCUCAGCCGACACAGAGGGAAGGAGGCAUUCAUCUGGGCAGUGACCAAGAAUUCACCUGUUCCCACAUAUGGCCCUCUCUAGAUAUGGCAUGUGGGUGUACACACAGAGGGCAGACCUCUGGUAUUCACCCAGGUUGUCAUUUCUCAUCAUUGACCAGAGUUGAGGAUGUACUACAGGUGCAGAAGGAAGCACCUGUUGAAAGUGUCAGAUGCCAUUACCUGGGAAUUGAGGCACCUUUGAACUGAGCAAUGGUGAUUGCACAAUGACUUCCAGCAGAGAACUUUAAAUAGCUGCUUCCCUGAACUUGGCAAACUUGUUUUUCAAAAAUACUGGGCUUGUUUUCUCGUGCAGAUAUUAACCCCCCCCCCCCCCUCCCGGUCCAGCGACCAUUUGAUAUCAGAUCACUUUGAGCAUCAGUGGUUACUCCUUUAACAUGGUACCAUUUAAUUAUGUGACGUUGCCCAUCUCUGGUUAAUGUUCAGGCCAUUAACAGUUUAUGCCAUAGUGCGUCACCAGGUAAGACCCCCCCCCCCCCCCCCCCCCCCCCCAGCUGCCAUUUACCACUAGCCUGAGCACCAUGAACGUCCCUGUUUGGAGAUUUAAGAGAAACAAAAACUCUGAUUAAAACAUUCAAAGUUCAAGAACUUAUGUUUCAUCCUGCCUCUGUCGAGUACAGUCCAUAGCUUGUUUUUUUAUCAUGACCAAACACUUUAAUGGUGCUGUUGUAAUUUUAAGAGUUGUACUUAAAAUGCAAAGCAAAUCAAUGCCACUUGAGUUGGACCUAUUUGUAAUGGCAAGGCAAAUAUUUUAUUAGCUUUUUUUCUAUUUCUGUAUUUAGAGCUUUUUAUUGUAACUUGAGAUUUGGUCUUAUACUACAGGUUUGAACUAUUUAUUAUUGCUUGUGUUGUGCUCUGUUUAAAACAGAUGCACUUUAUCCUUUUUUUUAUGUUGAAGUGUUGACCAGAGGUCACAUCAGCUUGGCUUUGUGAAAUAUUUAUUGUUCUGUUUUCUGUACAAAAUCAAGCCCUUUCCUAAGCCACACUGUUUUCAGCUUGUGUCUACCAUUUCACUCAUACACUCAUCCAAAAUGUUUGUCCCAUUUUCAAGUGAAAAAAAAUAAAUCAGAAGUUAUCUUUACAAUCUUCAAACUUU